ACUGCCACAUGUACGAUGCAUCUCAAUUACCAAAAAGCAGAGCCAUCCAUAAAACUCAAAACACACACGGAUUCCACUGGCGUGUGCUCUCCUCACUUGUCCUUGAAACUUGAGCUUCAAUCUCAAAGUAUGGCUGCUUCAAUUGCUGUUACCGCAAACUAUGUCCUCCAGCCACCUCCAUACGCUCUGGAUGCUUUGGAGCCGCAUAUGAGCAAACAAACUCUGGAGUUUCACUGGGGAAAGCAUCACAGGGCUUACGUGGACAACCUCAAGAAGCAGGUUCUUGGAACCGAUCUUGAAGGCAAACCCUUAGACCACAUUAUCAACAAAACCUACAACAAUGGCGAUCUCCUUCCUGCUUUCAACAACGCUGCUCAGGCGUGGAACCACGAGUUCUUCUGGGAAUCAAUGAAACCCAAUGGUGGAGGAAAGCCAUCAGGAGAGCUUCUUGCUCUGCUUGAAAGAGAUUUCACUUCUUAUGAGAAGUUCUAUGAAGAGUUCAAUGCUGCUGCGGCCACUCAGUUUGGAGCUGGCUGGGCCUGGCUUGCUUAUGCAAAUGACAAACUCAAAGUAGUGAAAACUCCAAAUGCUGUGAAUCCCCUUGUGCUCGGCUCUUUCCCCUUGCUUACCAUUGAUGUCUGGGAGCAUGCUUACUAUCUCGACUUCCAGAACCGGAGACCAGAUUACAUAAAGACAUUCAUGAACAACCUUGUGUCUUGGGAAGCUGUCAGUGCCAGACUUGAGGCCGCAAAAGUUGCUUCUUCCUCUUCCGCUUAAGCAGAGAGUUCUGAACAAUAUGACUUCAAUGAAUUCUUCAUUAUUGAAGUUUCUUAAUAAAGUAUUGGUCAAUGUAAUAAGGACGCAGCUUUGUUGUAUGUGUGACAGAGUCUUUCAUGUAGAAUUUUGCACUUGUGCAAUGAACAAAUACAAUGCUCUUUUUGUGGUAUGUUUGGGUGUGUUUGAGUUAAGUUUUCAUUGUCUGUUUCGAAAGCACGGUUCUGUAUUUUCUAUUCUAUAAGACUAUAUAAUAUAUAUUCACAUA